AUGGAGAAUCUUCUCUUGUCACUGAAAAGCAUUCAUAUACCAUGGCUGAGCCCUGACCUCAUCACUUUGGCAAUGGAUAUGAUCCUUGCCAUUGUAUGUGGAGUGGGGCUCUUCCUCCUGCUACUACUACUGCCCUGCUUCAAGGGAAAUCCAUCCUCACCAACACCUAAGAAAAAGAAGAAACUAAGGAAGGGUUGCAAUGGGGAUGGGAAAAGACUUUCCAGCUACCUAGGGCAGCUCCAUGAUACCAGAAGCUUUCAGCAUUUCUUAAAAGGAGGUGCCCUAAGUGAAAUUUUCAACUCAGAAUCUACUACCUCCCCGCCAUCAGCUAGGUACUAUGAGGACGACACAUUCUCCAGCACCAUGUCCUCAGAAGUUUCCCCAGCUCCUUCACCCAAGGCUUUGCAGCCUCUGGACUCUACCUGGUCACCAGUCCAGAUGGGUUCCUCAGUUUCUACUGAGUCACACACAUCCCAGAGUGUGUCUCAGCCUCCGCAGCCACUGAUUGCUCUAGGAGAACAUCUAUCGUGCUCACCUGCACAUUCUUCUCCCCAUUCUCAUUCUCCUCAACCUGUGGUCUACUUUCCAUCCAGGCCUACUUCAAACCUGGGUCUUCCUCUAUAUAACAUCAUAGAAGUCCCACCAGAAACCUCUCCAAUCAAUGGCUCUAGGGUGCCUUCUCCUAUCCCAGCCUUCAACUCCGACAUCCUGGAGAUGCUGGAGAUAGUAAUUAGUAAGAGGGCAAAGCUGAAAGCUUGUCAGGAAAGAGAACACCGUCUGGAUUCUCUGGGGAACAUGAUGAAGUCACUGGGUGCUGCACAAGACACUGCCAUGCCAGAGCCUUUCUGGAACACAAAACCAGAGCAGCUUCCUGAUUCCCAGGAGUAUAUUUUCUUGGGGGAACACUUACAACCGAAAUGCAGCCAGCUGUUCUGGGGCCUUCCGUUUCUUCACAGUGAGUCCCUGGUGGCUCCUGUGAGGCUGUCUGGUCAUCCACUAGACUUACCCUCUAUUUUAUUCAAUGGAUUGUCUAGCUACAUUCCAAUACAAGUCCAGCCUAAUAUACAGCCACAACUGUUUCCAUCCCAGCCUUUGCUACACCACUUAUUACAAUCCCAAGCUUUGACUCCACCAGUGGCUGAGACCCAAGCCCAUGCCCAUCUUCCAUCUUGUACACCAAUGCUACCAUGCCACUCAUCUCCAGUUUCUAGCCCUACAACACAGGAUGGUAACAAAUGUAUGAUUCCACCUGUCAUUCAGCAGCUAGAAUGUCACCUUCUGAAGAAGCACAAGGAAAGUCAGAGAGCUUUACCCCCUGCAGUUAAACAGUCUCUCAAGGUCUUUAACCACAACCAGGGCUCUCCAGACCAGAGACACUUGGUCAACUUCCCAGGGGAUCUUAUUAGUUUUGAGUUCCAGAAAAAGCUGGAGCAUCACCUCCAAGAGAGGUUCACACAGCACUGCUAUAGAACACAAUGCAUGAUCCAACUGUCUCCUGACAAACUGCCAGGGAGAGGCCAGGCAGACAAGAGCUGCCAGGCUACAGAGAAAGCCAUCUCAGACUGCCCAGCAGCAGCAUUCCCCAGGUGGAAGAAGGGACCUUGUCUGAGCAGAGUCGUUAAAGAGAUAGAUACAGAAAGCUCAGAGGAUGCUCUAGAUUCCUUCACUGACUUGACUGAAUCAUUUCUUGGCUCAAGCAGUGAUUCAGAUUAUGUUUGCCCCAUGCAUUCAGACAAGUGUCGUCCGGAAGACCUGCUCCAAAUCCAUGCAAACAGGGAAUGGGGGCAGAUCAAUGCCGGCAAGGUCCCUGUGACAGCGAAUCAGCCCAGGGGCGUUCUAGACUCCCACUCAAGCCUGGAAACGGAGGGGGCCCCCGGCACCAGCUCCCCGCAGGCCACCCACUUCGAUGCAGCUGCUCGCCAGCUGCUGGAAGCGCACAUCAGGAAGCUCUGGGUGAGGCACAAGUGGGGCCUGUUCCUGAAGGUCCUCAAGUCCUUGAAUCAGCUGACUUUGAAAAGGGCUUCGCCCGUGUCAGUGUCUCAGGAAGCUUCUCAGAACGUGGCCUGUAAGGACGUGAAGCCAAACCCUACAGUGAAGGGGGUCGAGGUCCCCGGAGAAGCUUGUCCCAGAGCGCCGGAGAAGGAGACAGGGAAGACGGAAGGCGCAGCCGCCCCGACUGCCCUCCCCUCCCCUCUGCUCGAGUGUCUGCGGAGGAUCCUCUGCAGUUAUGCCCAGGCGCCCACCGAGGGAGCGCCACUUGAACAGGAAGGUGAACCGCCUUCUCAGCCCAAACCUUACAGCCUUGUGGGAAGAUCCUGGCACAGAGACAUUGCGCCCAGGUCCGAAGCUAGCAGUGUAGAGCCCGUGACAAGCCCCCGAACAGAUCGAUCAGAAUCCCCAAAGACAGCCAGCCUCUGCCACAGUGUCUCCAUACGAGAGGUCUUUGUGGAGUCCACGCCUGGAAGAACAGACGAAUUCAGGGAAAUGGCAGAGGAUGAAGAGGAAGAGCCCAAUUACGUGACAGACGUGGACUCCAGUCAUCUGAACCUGCGAAGUCUGGAAGUGCUGAGAGCCACUCAAACGGCACUCCCCGCCUCCAGAAUUUCUAAGCACCCACGAGAGCCAGGCCUGCAAGGACAGGCAGAGUCCAGCGGUCCAAGUCAAAGCCCACCUUUGGAUGUCAUCCUGCAGGACUGCGAGACUGAUGCAUUCCUGCACAACUGUGGGCCUGAAGUGCUGUUUUCUGCGCACAUGCUGCCCUCCCGCAGCUCUCUGGGUAGCUCCCGGAACUUCUCCGGGAGCAGCACAUCCAUUUAUAAUCCCUGCCUUGCGUUACCAAAUGGAGGGGACGUCCCGAAACAGCAAGAGUCGGAGACAUCUGAGCAGCAAGACCCAUGGUACAGCCAGAUGUUCAGUGAACCUGAUGAGGAAGAGAGCCUUGAGAGGCCCAGAAUAAGGAUCCAGGAGGUAAAGACGGAAGAAACGGAGCCCUCCCACGGCCAGAAGUCGAGCUCACCUGCCCAGGUCAGGAGACCAAGCUCCACGAGGAAGAGAUCUUGUCUCCCUGAGCCGGAGAAAGAGCAGCCUCCUCCAGAGAGUCAGUUUUUUGGCAACCGGAUAAGGAAUUUUUUUAUGUCUUUUUUCCCUGGUAAGGGAAAAAGCCAGGCAGAUUCCCCGCAGAAGUCCAAGAUCCAAUCAACCAGUACCCAGACCCAAGAUGUACCCACAAGCAAUACGUUUGAGAGCAGUGGAUUGUCUGAAACCCAGACGCUCAUGAGCAAUGUUGCACGGAUCCUGGAGAAGGUUGGAUGUCAACAUGAACGUUCUCUCUCCAAGAAAACUGUGUACAAAGAAUUCCAAGCCCCCAUGGAGAGACAUUCCCACUACCACGCGGCUUCCUACCUGGAACAAUGCCCAGUUAGGAAUAGUAAAGUCUGUCACCACCAAAGGAGCCCCAUUGGCCACCGCCAUCCUGUCAGUGACAGGAGAGUCAGCUACUGGGAUAGCAGGGGGACAUCCUUGCUUCCCCGAAGGCCUGUGUCUCUCGUCAAUAGUCCCUGCCAACAGAGGCGAACGGGAAGGGUGACAGCCCACGUUCUGGGAGGGGCCUCCAGGGUGGGCUGUGGCAUGAAUCCACGAGGGCUGCGCAUGCGCCCAAGGAGGCGCUCUGAUGCUCCACCUUCAACUGUCAACUUCCUGGUGGAGAUGCGCAGGCGCGAGCCUGGCCCCUCACUGGGGAACAUUAUGCACAGGAGCGAGCGUUGA